UAAAGUCCUUGACGAUAAAAACAGGUUAAUAUAAGUAUGAAAGAGAAAGAGAGAGAGAGACAAACAGGUAAAUGCAAUUGAAAAACACUCAAUUCAUAAAGAGAGAGAGAGAGAGAGAGAGAGAGAGAUGAUAAUGUUAACCACUCAAUGAGAUUUUGUCUUCACUCUCACUUUGAGCUUUUUGUUUUCCUCUUUCUGAUACAUGGAUUAAUUAUAUAAAAUUCUUAACAAUUUAUACUAACACUUAACACCAACAUUCAUGGUGAUUGUUAAUCAUUUUCAACCAUUGAUUCAACUUUAAUGCCAAGAAAUCAAUGCUUAGGCCUCAACUGAUUUCUACUUUUUGGUAAAAUUAAAUCACUACAAAUGAAAUCCAGUUAAUCGGUUUGUCAAUUGUUUGGACCUUGGAAUAUCUUCCCUUCUCUUGCCUCAGCGUUUUGGUCUCAAUUGUGUUGGAUUACCGUUGAUUUAAUUGAUCCAUUUUGAUUGAACUUUUCUCUUCAUUCUCUUUGUGUUGUCAAUGUGCCUCCUUUGACUCUUUUGUUAAUUGUUCCUGUCUUUUGUAUUGUCGAGAAUAUUGUAAUCAUGCAAUCAGCCAUAAGCAACGAAUUUCUUGUUAAAGAUGGUCGAUCCCAAAAGAAAUCAGCUAGUGUUCCCUCUUCACCAGAAUUAUCUUCCUCUCGUCGCCGAGGAUCUCAGGGAACUGUCUUACAGUUGAGUGAAGAUAAUGGAACCUGGAAAAUUGCCGGUGAAUCGGGUAUUAUCAAGGAACCAGUGAAAAUGUCUCGAGUCUCAAUGAUCCUCGAAUUAUCCAAAAGGCCUGAGUUCCGUCAUCGUAUUAGUGUGGCUCUAUUUUUUCUCUGUAUUAUUGUUCUAGUGAUGAGUACAACCCUUUUGGACCAAAGACGUCGACUACUCAAGGCACUUUCCAUCAAAAUUUUCCUCCACGAAGACCAAAGAGUUUUUACUCUUCUCGAUUCAACUGGUUCUCCUUUCAUCAAAGUUAAUUACGGUGUCAAUUUACCUUUCGACAUUAAACCUUAUAGUUGUUACAUUCAACAUUUAAACGAUCAACAGCCGACAAUUUGUCGUGAUUGGGAGUAUCGAGCACAUCUUACAAUUGACCAUCAACCAAAAGAAUCGGAUAUUAAUUGUUACAGAGUUUCAUGGGAGAGCUAUUCCCAUACAGCCGCACCGUUAAAAGAUUGUAUCAAUUUAGGUGAUGGCUCCUGGUUCGGUAUGGGUGAAACCUUUUCAACCCCAUGGCCACUUAAUGGUUGGACUCAUAAUGCCACCGCUUUCGUUACUAAUCACAGUAAAGGUAAAUUUUCACCUUUAGGUCAAGUGAUUAAACGUUAUUGGUUCUCAUCGAAAGGAAUCAGUGUCAGUGUCCCGUUACAUAUUCCCUUGUUUUUUAGCUUCAAUUCAACCUCGACCAACGGUUUACCCGAUCGACAACUUUGUUUGGAAGCUCGUACCAAUACAUAUCCUUACGAUUAUACCAAAGGUUUCCGUCCAAAUUUAGAGUACACCAUUUGUACAGGAUCUAAUGUUAAUGAUCUUCAUACUCAUGUAUCCCGUACAUGGUUGGCCAAAACUCGUAAUCAAACUGCUCUAGUUGCUGGUGAUCAACAACAAGUAUCGAUAAUACCACAAUCAAUUUUCCUGGAAAAACCAAUUUGGAAUAUUGAUAAAAAAGUUAUGACUAUUUUAAAUCAUGAGAAGAUGGAAAACUAUUCAACUAAAAUCGUCGACUUUGGUAUCGAACCAGGAUUCCUAUUGAUUGAUAUGAAAUGGGAAAAGUUCAUUGGAGAUUUAAGAAUCGAUUCAACUCAAUUUCCUGAACCAUCCAAAGAGUUUACUAUCUUGAAGAGGAGAGGAUUUAAAAUACUGUUAUCUGUUUCACCAUUUAUUGAAUUAUCAUCACCACUGUUCACUGAGGCUUUUACCGAGAAUCGGGUUUUCACCCAUCAGCACUUGAAAACUCCGUUGAUCACCCGAUGUGACCCCGAAUCGACUCGACUUUGCGCUGUUAUCAAUCUAAUCAAUUCAACGACUCGAGGAUGGUUCGAAAAUAGAUUAACCAAUCUAACCGAUUACUCUAUUCAUGGAUUGUUGUUUAAAGGAAUUCAAGUAUCUCGAAUGCCUCAUUUUUACAUUCCCGACAGUUCGAGGUCUAUUAAUCCCGAUAUGUACCAAAUUUAUUAUAAAAGUGUUGCCAGAAGUAGUUACAAUCUAUUCGGAAUGGAUAGUUCAGCUGGAACCAAAGGAAUACCUGGUUUCAUCAGGAUAGCACCUCUCGAGUCUUCAUGGCGAUCACUACGAACGAUUAUUCCAACUGUACUAUCCAUCGGCCUUGUUGGAUUUCCGAUAAUUAACCCUGGUUCAGUGGGUGGUGACAUACCCAUUUUGAAUACAAAUGAAACCACCGAUGAAUUAUACAUAAGGUGGUUCGAAUUGGCAACUUUCUUACCAGUUCUUCAACUGUCCAAUGCUCCUCGCGGAGAUAUCACCAUUCUUAAAUUGGUGAAAAAGUUUAUCAAUAUUCGAGAGCAUCAAUUAUUACCUGUGAUGAAAAACUGUAUGGAAGAUCAUCUAACUAAAGGAUGGCCCAUAGUUAGACCCAUUUGGUGGUUAGAUUCACAAUCUCCCGAGACUUAUACAAUUAACGAUCAAUUUUCAAUUGGAAAUGAUAUUCUGGUCGCUCCGAUUCUUGAUAUGGGAAAAACAACCAGGGAUAUUUAUCUUCCCUCGGGUUGGUGGAAAGAUGAAAUUCUGGGACAAACAAUUCGAGGCGGUAAAUGGAUGAGAAAUUAUUCAGUCGAAUUAUACAAGAUCGCCUAUUUCACGAGAAUGGAACAAGCGUGAAAUUAACUGAUUGCCAAAAAUUGUUCGAUCAACAAUCAAACUAAUUCUAUUCGAUUGUGAUUUUUUUUUCUGAUUCACUUAUUUUCACAAUCAAUUUCAUACUUUAUGAAAUUGUACUUACACAAGCAUUUUAAUUACUUGAUAUACCCAACGAUGACUUUCAUAAUUCAAAUGGAAAACUUUAAUUUAUCAAAAUUAAUUUUUAAUUGUAAUCUCACUUUUUGAAUCAACUUUUGCGCCCAAGAGAGUUGUUGUUUUUUCAUGCAAUUAACACAAUCUAUUUAUUGUAAUAUAAUAAUUACUUUUGUUACAAUUAAACAGAAGGAAGAAAAUAAUCCAA